CCCUGGGAGAGAGACUCACUUCUCCACAAGUGUAGUCCGGGAGCUGGGGAGCACCAAGUGAUGCAAGGGCACAGAUCUGCUUUGUCCAUGUGAUCAGAGCCACCUUGUCCACACGGGCGGGCCGUGAAUAGGGAGCGUGAGGCUGACCUGUCCGCUGCUGUUUGCUGCCCUGUCGCUCAGCUUUUGGGGCCCCAGUAAUCCCCCAAGUGUGACUCCAGCCAACAGGCAACAUCCCUGAUUAAUCCCCGCCGUCUCUGUGCAAAGCCAGUGCUGCCAAGGAUGCUCCUGGUGCUGGCACGACACGCUGGGCCGGCGUUGGGAGCAGACCCCGGCAAUGAUUAAUAAAACCUGACUCGGCUGGAAGGGCAAGGAAAAAACAACAAUACAGGACAUUUCUGGAGAUCGUCCUAAUCCAGCAUCUCGAAGCCAAAUGAAUCAGCAGCUUCUUAUUCUGCCGGCAGGAUUAGUCAAUGUUCAUCCAGGCUCCUGGGAAUUGAGGUGUUCACUUGCAGCAUCUCCCGCGGCUCAGAGAGCGCCACAUCCUUUUGGGAGCUGAGAUGCUCCCCUCGGCUUGGUUGUCUUUAAAGGACCACCCCUGGUUCUAUUCCUGGGGCUUUGGAAUGGGGAGAACCGGCUCCUGGGGGGAAUCCCUGUGGUUGGCCAGGAUGGGCUCGGUGGGAGCCGAGCGCUUCAAGGAGCUGAGCCCGGCGGCGACGCCGGAGGGGAACGUGGUGAUGAGCUUCAGCUUCGACAGCUACCAGCUGGAGGAGGACGAGCUGCAGCGGGGCAGCCAGGCCAAGGGUGUCCUGACCUUCAUGGAGCCAGUUUCUGAGGACCCUGAGCCCCAGGAUCGAUACCAUGGGAUUUAUUUUGCCAUGCUGCUGGCUGGGGUGGGAUUCCUCCUGCCCUACAACAGCUUCAUCACCGAUGUGGAUUACCUGCACCAUAAAUACCCAGGGACCUCCAUUGUCUUUGACAUGAGCCUCACCUACAUCCUGGUGGCCUUGGUGGCCGUCAUCCUCAACAAUGCGCUGGUGGAGCUGCUGAGCUUGCACACCCGGAUCUCUGUGGGCUACCUCUUCGCCCUGGGGCCCCUGCUCUUCGUCAGCAUCUGCGACGUGUGGCUGGAGCUGUUCAGCCGCAGACAAGCCUAUGCCAUCAACCUGGUGGCUGUCGGGGUGGUGGCCUUUGGCUGCACAGUGCAGCAAUCCAGCUUCUACGGCUACACGGGGCUGCUGCCCAAGCGCUACACGCAAGGAGUGAUGACGGGCGAGAGCACCGCUGGGGUCAUCAUCUCGCUCAGCCGCAUCUUCACCAAGCUGCUGCUGUCAGACGAGAAGGAGAACACCGUCAUCUUCUUCUUCAUCUCCAUCGGCAUGGAGCUGACGUGCUUCAUCCUCCACCUCCUGGUGAAGCGCACCCGCUUCGUCCGCUACUACACGGACUGUUCCCGCAAGGGCCUCCCCGAGAGCCGCGGGGCUGGCGACCCUGGCACCGGCUACCGCGUCCACCACGAUGUCACCUCUGAGGACGUCCGAUUUGAAAACCAGGAGCAGGGGCAGCCGAGCUCCCCUCGGGGCAGCCCCGGCCCUGAAGCUGAGCUGGCUGGGAGUGGCACCUACAUGCGCUUCGACGUCCCUCGGCCCAAGAUCAAGAGGAGCUGGCCCAGCUUCCGAGACAUGCUGCUCUACCGCUAUGUCGUGUCCCGCCUCAUCUGGGCCUACAUGCUCUCCAUCGCCAUGACCUACUUCAUCACGCUGUGCCUCUUUCCCGGGCUGGAGUCGGAGAUCCACAACUGCACGCUGGGGGAAUGGCUCCCCAUCCUCAUCAUGGCCAUCUUCAACCUCUCUGACUUCGUUGGCAAGAUCCUGGCUGCCCUGCCCUAUGACUGGAGAGGGACCCACCUCCUCGUCUACUCCUGCCUCCGUGUGGUCUUCAUCCCCCUCUUCAUCAUGUGUGUCUACCCCAACGGGCAGCCCACCUUCGGCCACCCCGCCUGGCCCUGCAUCUUCUCCCUCCUCAUGGGCAUCACCAAUGGCUACUUCGGCAGCGUCCCCAUGAUCCUGGCCGCAGGCAAAGUGAGCCCAGAGCAGCGGGAGCUGGCAGGGAACACCAUGACCGUGUCCUACAUGACGGGCUUGACACUGGGCUCGGCUGUGGCGUAUUUUGCCUACAGCCUCACCAGCACCUCCCACAGCACCUGUUUCUACACCGAAACCUCCAAUGGCUCCUUUACCUUCGGGUACUGAGCCCUGGGGUGGGGCUGUGGGGACACAAUGGGACCUGCUGCCCACCAUGGUCCCCAGCACCCCACAUGUCCCUCCUCAGGGAGGGAGCCUGGAGCCAGAAAGCCGCCCCAGGGUGGACAAGGACUGGUAUCCUGUCGGCACAGGGCUGUGGCAUCCUGAAACGGUCCUUGCUGCCCAGCCUGGCACUGUGCAGGGCCACUGCUUGGGGUGACAUUCCUCCCACCCCAUGGGACAGUUCUUGUUGCUUUUGGGGAUGUCCCCAUCAGCAAUGUGCAGCUCUCCAGUGAAGGCUGGGGAUCUUCUGUUUGCGCCAAGCCAUUGACAGGAGGAAGAAAAUACUGCCAAAUCCCAAAGGGAAUAGAACCAGCACUGGAGAGAGGAGGGAGAUGGAGGGCUGGUGAAGAAGAAGAGGAGGAAGAGAGGAAGGAAACGCUCCUUCAGUCCCUGGUGGCUCUGGGAAGGUGGGUCUCAACUUCCAUUGACGGUGCUGCAGGUUUUCACCAAGAAAGGCUUCAAGUAACAGUCCCUCCCUAAAUAUGCCAACCGCUGUGUAAAAGUCCCAAUUCACUUCUGAUGGUUGGGGAAAAAAUGAUUUUUUUUAUUGUGUCUAGUUUUACCCCCCCCUAACUGCAAGAGCAGCAGGUCUUGCCUCCCCCCACCCCACACUGUGAAUCUACCCCAUUGCAAGGGGUGGAGGGGGGGUCUCAAGGCUACAGCACUGCCAGUGCCAUCCACAGGCCACUGCUGAGCUUGAAAAUUUAUUGCACAGGACAAAAGUGAAGCUGAUUAAAUGCUGGUUCUUAGCUGUACCACUGGCACUGGUGGCACUUGACUGCUGGUGCUGGGCUGGGCUGGCAAACACACACAGGGUCGUGCCUGCUGCCUGUCCUGUUGGAUCUUGCGGUGCCCCUUGUGCUGCUCCCCUUCUUCAGGGCCCUCUUUGUCACCUGGGGUGCCUGAACUUGUCACCGGGUUACACCAAACCCCUACCAGCCUGCAAACUGCUGUGGGCAGCACACAGGAGAGGGCAUGGGCCAAGAGGAGCAGAAAGCAGCAGGAGAAGGUGCCAACGGCACGUUUUGGGACUGGCUGCACCUUGCUGUGCCAGUUGGCGGGUGCCACCUCCCAGGAAAUCAAGCCCAAGGAGCCAGCGAGUGCCAGGCCUGGCCCCAACCCGGCCCCCGCAGCACCAUGCCACGUUCCUGCCUGUAUGAAGUGGAGCUCACACCAAAAAGAGCAAAUCCAGCGUUUCAUCCUCAACACAUGGUGCCCUGAGUGUGGCGGCAGGGGGAGGACUCACACCUCCAGCCUAAAGGCCCAGUCCAGCAGACACCUCUGCUCCUGUGUCCUGUCCUGUCCAUCGGUGCCACCACGUCACACAGACGGGUUCUCCCCAAAAAGCCACCAGGCACCUGGGUUCUGUCUUUCUCCAGGGCAGGGGCUGAGCCAAAAAGCCAUCGUUGCCACCAAGGGGAGAAAAACCCUGCGGUCAGGACAAGUGAGACAAAGAAAGAUGCUUCGUUGGGUUGCUUUUUUUCAAUUAAUUUUUUUUUUUUAUGAAAAAAGAUCACACGGAGUUCUCCAACAAACAGAAUGCCAAAAAAAUUGUUUUAAACAAAACAUAAACAAAACAAAACAAAAAGACAAAAACCUGGCUCUCCUUUCCUCUCGAUUGUCUGAAAUAUCCUUGUGUUCCAUAGAAGGCAGUGGGUUUUAAGUGCUUUCUAUUUAACAUUAGCAUAAAAUCUCUCUCGCGCGCUCUCUCUCUCGCUCUUUAAAAUAUGCUCACACAAUUUGCUUCUAGAAGUACAGUACACUUUGAGCGUGGGGGGUGUGCCUGUUCCCAGAUCAUUUACAAUCACAAUCCAACAGGAAAUAAAAAAUAAUAUUCUAAACGUCA